GGGACAUUUCCAGUCAUGAGUCUUUGUCUUUUUGUGAUUUUCCCUGCUGGUCUGGCAGCUUUGCAAUUGUCUCUGCCUGCCUUUGGAGUUCCCAGAUCAGAAUCAGGUCUUGUGUUAGUGGAUCAGAGCACCAACUCCGUCGUGAUGCUGGUGAUAUCACAGAUUCUCUCACCGAGUCAGCUGGCAUUAGAUUCGGACCAGGAUGUAGCACUCAAACUUGCCCAGGAGCGAGCUGAAAUAGUUGCUAAAUAUGACAGAGGACGAGAAGGCGCAGAGAUUGAACCUUGGGAGGAUGCUGAUUACCUUGUUUACAAAGUCACGGAUAGAUUUGGCUUUUUACAUGAGGAGGAGCUCCCGAAUCACAACGCAGCUGUGGAACGCCAAAAGCAACUGGAAAUUGAAAGAACUACUAAGUGGUUGAAAAUGCUAAAAGGAUGGGAAAAAUACAAGAACACCGAAAAGUUUCAUAGGAGAAUUUACAAAGGAAUCCCACUCCAGCUCAGAGGUGAAGUCUGGGCUCUGCUUCUGGAGAUCCCUAAAAUGAAAGAAGAAACAAGAGACCUCUAUAGUAAAUUAAAACACAGAGCCCGGGGUUGUUCACCUGAUAUCAGACAGAUAGACCUUGAUGUCAACCGCACAUUUAGGGACCAUAUUAUGUUUAGAGACAGAUACGGUGUUAAGCAACAGUCACUGUUCCAUGUUCUCGCUGCGUACUCGAUUUAUAACACGGAAGUUGGAUACUGUCAGGGGAUGAGCCAGAUCACAGCUUUGCUCCUUAUGUAUAUGAACGAAGAAGAUGCCUUCUGGGCCCUGGUCAAACUAUUCUCAGGCCCCAAACAUGCCAUGCAUGGCUUUUUUGUUCAAGGUUUUCCUAAACUCUUGAGGUUUCAAGAACAUCAUGAAAAAAUACUGAAUAAAUUUCUAUCCAAGCUUAAGCAACACUUGGACUCUCAAGAAAUCUACACAAGUUUUUACACAAUGAAAUGGUUUUUUCAAUGUUUCCUUGAUCGUACUCCCUUUACACUAAACCUCAGAAUAUGGGAUAUCUACAUCUUUGAAGGAGAACGAGUUCUUACCGCUAUGUCUUACACAAUCUUAAAAUUACACAAAAAACAUCUAAUGAAAUUGUCUAUGGAAGAACUUGUAGAAUUUCUUCAGGAGACCCUGGCAAAGGAUUUUUUCUUCGAAGAUGACUUUGUAAUAGAGCAACUUCAGAUUUCUAUGGUGGAACUAAAGCGUGCAAAAUUAGACCUUCCAGAACCUGGGAAAGAGGAUGAGUAUCCGAAGAAACCUUUGGGACAGCUGCCACCUGAAUCUGCUUGCAUCAGUCACCUGAGCAAUGGACAGAGAAGUGUGGGCAGGCCAAGUCCCCAUGCGAGCAGCAGAAGAGGAAGCGGCUCAUCACCUCACAAAAAGCACGAGCCUUCCCCUCUCCGUGCGAGCAGGACUGGUACACCAGAACGAGUAAGAGCGCUGCGACGGAAAUCCGAAGAUGGAGACAGUAAAAAGCUUCAAGAUGAAGCAGAUCUUCAAAGAAAACCUCCAUCAGGUCCACAGGACAGUUCCAGGCAGUACAAUCACGCAGCUGCUAACCAGAAUAGCAAUGCCGUGUCCGAUACCAGGAAGGAAUUUGUGCCCAAGUGGAACAAACCGUCAGAUACUUCAGCUGUUGAAAAGACUGCCAAAUACGCCAUCGAAGGCAAAAGUAGGUCAGGACACCCGGCACUCACCGUUUCCAUCCCAAGUUCUGCUGACCCUCGGGUAUCCAACGUGAGGCAGAAGAUGAAGGUUUUGGAUGCCGAUGAAGGGAAGCGGGGCUCUAACGCGUCCCAGUACGACAACGUACCUGAAAAUGACAACAGCGCUUCUAUCGAAGAGGCACUAGAGAGAGCCUACUCCCAAAGUCCACGGAACGUGGUUUACUCUCACAGCCCAAGGAAGUACGUGGAGCCAAGUUCUAGUCCAUCGCGAGUAUCAAACAAGUUUACUUUUAAAGUGCAGCCUGCAGGUUACGCAAAAUACCCGCCUCCGCUGGACGGCGAGGAUCGCAGGACAGUGCCCCCGCCGUCCUACAGUAACCCCCCCGUUUACCACGGCAGUUCUCCCAGACACAUCCCUGCUGCUAACAGCAGCUUCGCCUCUCCGCCGUCUACCCACGGGACUCAAGUGCAUCCUUCCCGGAGACCUUAUGGUUCUACUCUUUCGGUCAAUAUUUCUCCAGAGAAGUCGCACGGCCGCCCGCUCCCUGUCGUGCUGCCCUCCAGCCGCAUAGAAGUCCUUCCCAUUGAUCCUGGCGUCGGGGGGUACGCAGGCAAUCCAGAGUCGCCAAAGAAUGGACAGUUCAUAAUUCCUCCAGUGGAUUAUCUGCCGGAUAACAGAAAGUGGUCGGAGGUCAGUUACACCUACAGACCCGAGACUCAUGGACCGUUGUGGACUCAAGACACUAACCGGGGCCACUUGAGCAACUUACCAAAAUAUUCCACCUUCCAGCACGUUCCCUUCCAGGACCACAGCCUGCCGGCGGUUUCAGUGGACAGUCCAGUGCGAUACAGAACUUCCCCAGGCUUAGAAGACGCCGGCUCCUCUGGCUGCCAGUAUUCAGGGCCCUCACCUCCAGUGUACCACUACAGAAAUCGCGAUGGACUUUCUAUUCAAGAAUCAGUAUUGCUGUGAGAAUUUAUCUAUACUUGGUAAAGACGGGAGACUAGAAACCAUUUGAAACCUACAUUGCUAUGUUUAUAAUUGCCAAAGCAGUAUUUUAUACUAUUGUAAACAUCUUGCAGAGUUGCGGCGUCUGCUGAUGCUAGGAAUACAUAGGAGCCUUUGAGCCCACGUAGAUGCGGUUUGUGAUGACCAUUUUUAGACUGCAGCAUUACUGAACCUGUUGAACUGAAUUCAACCCAGAAACGUAGCAAUAGCAUUUAGGGAUGCACACAUAAUGAUAAUUCGGGACCCAGUUUCACUUACAUCUUCCUCCAGAACCUGAGCAUUUUUGCACCAUUAGCCCAUCCUGUUCUGAGUAACGUUACAGAGCACUGAGAAACUGUGUAGAAUACUUUCAAGGCUAUAUGUAGUGUGCGUGUCUUUCAGUAGAUACCAAAAAGCCUCCAGGCACACACAUUUGAACACAGAACUAAAGAAACUAAUUUUUAAAAAAUUAAUUUUAAUCUACGUCCGUGGAAUAAUUUACUAUUCUUUCUUUCCUUAACUUGUCUUCCAGCCAAGCUUUUUGGUUUUUGGUUUUUUCUUUUUCUCCCUUAUAUUUUUCACCCAGAUCCUAGAGUGCCGUCGGGGUUUGCCCCGCCUUCAUUCAGCUUCUCUGCGGUUGUGGCCAUUUUCUUUCCUUCUGAAAAUUAAAGACGCUGGAGAGAAAAGCUCGCCACUGAAUGGUGCUUAAACACUGGGGCACAGAACAGGCUCCUUUGACAUCGUUUGAUAGCAGGCUUAAUGCUGUGGUCGCUUCUUACUUCUGCCCUGUAAAUUCCUGCAGGGCCCGGGCUGUUGACUUACCUGAGCUUUUCCUGGCACUCUUUCUUUAAAGGUGGUAAUCAAGGGAUAUGGCUGCACUUAGACCAUUAAAUUAUCAUUGUGUAAACUUGUAAAAAAUGAUCCUAAUUAUUAGUAAGGAGUCUAAGGUUUUAAUCUUUAUAAAAAUAGUGUGACUUUCAUACUUCUAAAAAUCUCCUUUUUUUUUUUUUUCUUUUGCAGUGAGAACAAAUUCAGGUUCAUGGUUAAAAAAUUAGCCACGUCUUUCAAAAACAGUCUAUUACACUACAAUUACCAAAACACAGGGACAGUUUUAGGCAUCCCCAGAAAGUCUGACUUUGUGUUUAAUUGGAGAGCUUAUUCUCAACAUGCUUUCCUCGUGUUUGAACAAGGACAAGAGUAGAAAACCUAACACCACGGGCUCUUCUGGUUGCAAGUUGGGGCUUUAAACUUUCAAGGUACCGAAGUAUGUCUUUUCAGAUGAGAGUAACAUUUGUUUAGCUAGUGAAUGUGACAAUAUUUUUUAUGUAUAUAAUGAGUCUAAUGUAAUUUUAAUCAACUUGGUAAUGAUGUUAUUAAACAGGAAAACAAAUGGCCGUGUGUUAGCAGCUCAGCUCUCUGCUGAAGCAUGCACAAACCCCUGCUCUCCCUGGGCCUCCAUUCAGAUCAUGUGGAGGCUUAGAAAGAAUUGUACAUCGGAUGUAUAGCUGAGGAUGUUAAUUCCAGUUUUUAAACCAUGAUUCUGUGACUCGUAAUAAACCAAGCUGUAUAAUUUAGGAUAUGAUAAGCAGCAUCUGAGCUGCUCCAAAAUAUAUAUGUCAACAGUGGUAAAUACUGUAGAUUUAUAUAUAUACAUAUAUAUAUAUGCAAAAUAUAUAUAUACACACACUAUUUUCUUAUGUCAUCUAUGACAUUUUUAUCUGUAUACUUUUUUGGAUGUGAUUGUUUUUAACAUGCUAAAAGUAAUAAGUAUAUUUUGUUUUGUGUCUUUCAUGUGCUUUUUUUCAUAUGUAGAAAUGCUCUCCAUCUCUGAUGCUUCUAAGCUAAUUUUCUUCUAAUUGAGGCGAUGUGCUCCGUGUUUGCCUACGUGACUUUAUACAUCACAGUUGUAUGUCAAACGCUUUAUUAAUUUCUAGGAGCUCUGUAUUUAGAACUACAUUACCUUUCCUUUAUUUUACCUGCCAUUAUUAAGAGCAAUAAGGUAUUUCCAGUCUUCCCCACUAUAAAAUGUAGCUCUCUGUUUGUUUUCCAAGUAGGAAAAUUUAAUUGGAGCUUAUUUUGCCACCGUACAAUUUUAGUCUUUCACACUUACCUUUUAGUGAAAGAUAAAUAGCGGAAUGGUGAUGAAAGAUGAACUCGUAUUGGUAAGGUGGGUUAACUGGGAUCACCACCCUGUGUUUGGUGAGGACCCCCGCGGAGGAGGCUGCUCACGGACAGCUGCGGGCGCUGUGAGUACUUUGUCCGUAAUCACUCCCUUCUUCACAGCAGUCUUGCCUCGCGCGAUAAGCACUUUGGUAUGGUUUUUGUUUUUGUUUUUGUUUAAAGAUUUUAUUUAUUUAUUUGACAUACAGAUCACAAGCAGGCAGAGAGAGAGGAGGAAGCAGGCUCCCCACGGAGCAGAGCGCCCAAUGCGGGGCUCGAUCCCAGGACCCGGGGAUCAUGACCUGAGCUGAAGGCAGAGGCUUUAACCCACUGAGCCACCCAGGCACCCCGGUAUGGUUUUUGUUUUAAUAUUUAGUUUGAAACGUUAGAGAGGCUAUACCCAGAGUCUCCAAGGGUUUUAAAACUUUGACUCUUUUGGGUACUUUUUUUUUUUUUUUAAUUAAAAAAAAUUUUUUUUUAAUUAAAAAAAAAAUGGGUGUUCAAAGCUGAGAGAGAUGUAUAUACAUAAAUGUAAAGUCAGAUAUCGAAGUACUGUAGAGGAAGAAAAUAAAUUAUUUUUCCUCCACCUGCGGGGUUCUCCAGCCAGGCCCUGUCAACGGUCUGACGAAAGCAGAUCAACAAGAGAAAAACAGCAGCUUAUUAACGGGGCCUCCUGCAUCCACAUGGCGCCCAGCCCUCAGCAACUCAAGGGAGGGUCGGACGUGGGGUCGGUGCACCUAACUUAGCAGGGAGAGGGAGGAGGAGAAGGGCACGUACGGGAGAGCCCGGGACUGUCUGGAAAGAUCAGUGGAUCCUUAGGAGGAGUGAUGGGCGGUGUGCUGGUGUGUGGCAGGGUCUGGGUGCGGUGCCGGGAGAGAGCACAGUUGCCUGUGGAGGGGAUUUAUGACCGCUGAAUUUUGUGGGGAGGCUCUGCUUUCAGGCAGAUAAGCAAUUUCAGGAACUCAGAUGCUUUCAGCUCAAAAUCGUUCUUACGCCAAAGUGGUGUGUUUGGGGGUGAUGUGCCCUGAUCUCCCUCAGUGGCAAUGAUAGAAUGUUUCCUGGAAGCAUUAAAAAAAAGAUUGAAUAGGACAUUUCAGGAGAAGAAAAAUAGAUGUUUACAGGAUGUGGUGUGAUUGCUUUAACUUUUUUCAUUUUAAGGAGAUUCUAAUACUAAAUUUUAUGUCCUACUCAGUGUAAUCUUAAAGUGAAGUUUUGUAUUUGUCAUUUCAGAUCUCUCCCCCAGGGCCCAUUGAAAUGCAAGCAUGGAAAUAGUACCUCUUCAGUACUUUGCUGAGAUCUCCUUUCAUAUCCAUGACUAGAGAAAAACAUGCCAUGCCCACAAAUAGGGAUUUAUUCACAGAGGAUCUACAGCUCAGUCUUCUGGAAAUAUUAUUAAUCUCUGUUAUCUUUCCGACUCACACUUUUAUUUUUAGUAUGCAUUUGUUUGUGGGCUAAUUAAGAUUACAGUUUGGGGAUCUCUUUUUUUUAAAUCCUGUAAUGGAUUAUAAUGGAUUUUAAAUGCCCCUCUGUAAUAUGGAUAUUAAUGCUUAUCGAUCAGGUGGUUUUAAUAAAUCAGACUUUAUUUUUUCAGUGACCCAUGGUAGUGAGAAUAAAAAGAAAGGACUCCACUUAACAUUUAGUUAUGAAUUGUGCUUUCAGAAGAUUUUUCAGUUAUCCAUAAAUCCAAGCAUAACUGCCACUGUUUUAUACAUAAGAACAAUGAGGCAUAAAGGAACACAUUUUAGAUUUCAUAGGAGUGCAUCUCAACCCUUGCUACUCUUUAGUAUUAUCUGGAGAACUUAAAAAAGGUUCUUCUUGGUUUCCUCUUUAGGCCACUUAAAUCAGAAUCUCUGGGGCGAAACCCAGACAUCAGGUAAUUAUUUUUUCCCCAUUCAGUCAGCAAAACUCUUAAAAAAAAAAAAGUCCUCCUAAAUUUGAUUUUGAUUGUCUUAGAUUCCCACUAUGAACAGUCUCAAAAAUUCUCAACAGAUCAAUUUCAGAUUUAGAAACUCUGAUUUCAGGUAAGUUAGGAAAAAUUCCACUGGAAAGAUUCGUGUUACCAGUCAUUUCUGUAAAUUUUGAUGAACUACCGACAGUUCUGGAAAGCAUAAGUGGCUUCAAAUAGAGGGAGUUAUGACCCUGUAUCUUUUCUCAUUACUGCUUACAGUAGUGCCUCAAACGAGAUAGAGCCUUACUAAGGUUUCCAUUUUCUUGGACAACCUCUGUCAUUUUCCUUAAGCGACAUGCUAAAAAUAGGCCUGAGCUAUUUGCAAACCUAAGUGCAUUUUCCCUAUUUGAGCAGCUGAGAAAAUGCGAUGGUCUGCUUAUUCACCCAGCCAGGCGGCAUUUUAUUGAGCACCUACACUAUCCUAGCUGUUUCAGGGACUGUGCUAGGUUCACGCUUCAAGAUGGGAGACACGUUCUUCAAGCUGUGCGCCUUGGUUCGGUUUUGGGAGACAUGCGCAGGUGAUUAUCACAGGCAUGGGAAGGCUGCACCUCAGAAGGAGCAGUGGAGGCUGGCUGGGGAGUUACUUCCAUUGCUGAGCCGGAGGAUUAGGAGAACAGACAGACGAAGGGAAGGGAGGGCCGGGACACGGCUGCCGAGGGCAUACGGCGUGAGCACCCGCACGGUACGUAGGGGGAUGUUUGCCGCUGUGAUGUGUGUGUGCCAGUGGAGUGGAGUGUUUCACAGAGAGACUGUCUGGCAGGGGCCUUCCGUGCAUUGAACUAGACACCGGAAGCCGGUGUGGUAUGUUCCCAUUUGCUAGGGGAUCUGUGGAGGCUACGUGCGAGGGAGCGAGCCUGGAGGACGUCAGGAAGACUGCGGCAGGAUGUUCACGCCCAAGGUGGUCCGGAGUGUGCGGGACGCAGUUUCAGAGCAAAGGGGAUUAACUUGAGAAUUACUAAGAAAAGUUGGCCCGACCUGAUAAUUGUUUGAAUGUCAUCAUGAUAAUCAUAAUAAGAAAAACAGUGAACGUUACUGAGUGCUCGUUGUGUGUCCGGCCCUCUGUCGAAACAUUGAACCUGCAUUAACUCAUUGAAUUCUCAGCCUAAUUCCGUGAGGGUUGGGCCCUCUAAGCCACUGUUCAUCUGGGACAACAGGUGGUUGAGACAACUCGCGCCCUGUGACACAGCCAGCCCGCGUCAGCCGGGAUUUCAGUCUACAUGGUCUAAGUCAAGAGCCUCUGCUACUAUCCCAGUGCAGCAGUUUUCAGGGGCUCUGGUUUACCUGCCAUGUUAGCAUACACGUCAAGGAUUUUUUAGUAAAUUUACACAGCUGCGCAACCAUUACAGCAAACCUAUUCUAGAACAUCUCCAUCACCUGCAAAAGAUCUCUUACACGCAUCUGUGAUCAGGCUCCAUUCCUGCCCCCAGCCUCAGGCAACCCCGAAGCCACUUCCUCUCCCUCCCUGGUUUGCCUUUUCUGGACAUUUCGUACACAUGGAAUCAGGCGGUCUGUGGCUUUCUGCAUCUGACUUCACACUUAGCAUAACACUUCUGAGGGUUAUGCAUGUCGUAGGGGGUGUGAGGAAUUCCUUUUUAUUGCUGAGGAGUGUUGCAUGGUGGGACUACAUCACGUUUUGUUCGUUCCCUCCGCCAGUCGUAGACACGUGGGUUGUCUUUGCAUGCUGCUGUGACCCUUUGUGUCCAUGUCUCUGUGGGGGCAUGGUUUCAUUUCUCUUGGCCUGUUGCUGGCUUUUAUGGUAAGUUUAUGCUUGACUUCUUAAGGAAGUGCCAGACUCUUUUCCAAAGUGUCUGCACCAUUUUAGAUCACCAUCAACAUUGUACGAGGGUUCGAAUUUCUCCACAUCGACCGACACAUGUUAUUUUCUUUUUUUUAUUAUAACCAUUCUAGUGAUAUCUCCUCGUGGCCUUGAUUUGAAUUUCUCUAAGAGCCAAUGAUGGUGAACACCUUUUCAUGUACUUAUGGGCCAUUCUUGUGUCUUCUUUGGGGGAAAUGUCUGUUCAGAUCCUUUGCUCACUUUUGAAUUGGGUUAUUUUCCUAUUAUCGAGUAGUAAGAUUCUUAAUAUAUUCUGGAUACAUGUCCUUUAUAAGACGUGAUUUGUAAAUAUCUUCUCCAAGUCUGUCUUAUGGUUUCUUCUGUGGUGCAAAUGUUUUUAAUUUUAAUGAAGUCCAAUUUUUUCAGUUUUUUUCUAUAUGAAUCAUGCUUUUAGUAUUGUAUCUUUCUGCCUAACCCAAGGUCACAAAGGAUGUUCUCCUGUUUUAUUUUCUUAAGAAGUUUCAUAAUUUUAGUUGUUCCAUGUGGGUUUAUGAGCCAUUUUGAAUGAAUUUUUGUGUAUGGUGUGAGGUAAGGACCUAAAUUCAUGGGAAUGUCAUGUGUCACAGAAAGACCAUGCUUUCUCCAUUUGAAUUGGGUACCUUGGUACUUCUGUCAGAUUCAUUUGACCAUAUUUAUAAGUGUUUAUUUUACGGUUUGAAAUCAAAAAGUGUACCUCUUUCAAAUUUGUUCUUUUUCAAAUGUUUUUUGCUACCCUGGGUCCUUUGCAUUUCUAUAUAUGUUUUGAGAUCAGCUUGCCAUUGUCUGAAAAAAAAAAAAAAGAAGAAGAAGAAGAA